GGUGAAAAGUUUGAAUUUGUUUGCGAAGUCCUAUUCAACGUCCUAAACGCUGACGUAGCACCUGUUUAUGACAAAAAUAAUUCAAUAACAAAAUCUAUGGCAAUAACUAAUGAAAAAGCUGGUAAGCCGAAAACAAAUCAAGAUACAUUUAAUGAAGCGACACUUAAGGAUAUGUGCGGUAAAGUGACCGACCAGAUAAAGCAAUAUUUCUGUAGCAAUUGUGAAUGCGUUACAGAGUAUGAGCCAGACACAAUAAAACAAAUGAUGCAAAAGCAUAAGCAAAGCAUAAAACUUUAUAAAGAGCUAUCCACAGUUGUGACAAAACUCGGUGAUGAACUCAUAAAGAGUCCAAAAGACUUUAUGUUGUCAGUGAAACGAGCGUGUUAUGCCAAAACGACGUCGACCCAAUUUGUGGAGUAUCCAAUGCGGGUCGAUCAAGACCCACCAAUAGUGGUGCUCGGUCCUCAUGGUACUGAGGUUCCGGAAACGAGGUACUCUAAAAUUCGCUGGAAUACGCCACAAGGCGCGGCGCGCAUGCUAUGUGCACUGGUAUUUGAUCGCAAUACAAUAUUGAUGACAAAUUUUUCAGAUACAAUAUUGGAUCCUUAUAAGGUUUCUGAUAUUGAAUACUGCAUAAAAGCUAACACUAAAGCCACGUCUGAAGAAAUACACAAAGCCAUCGCCAAGAAGUGUCAUGAUACCCAUGUUAAAUUCAUGAAAUAUAGAUUAAGCCAUGGUAUUGAGUUUUAAAUUAUGUACAUUUAUCCUAAGUUGACGAAAAUAUUGUUUUACUUACACGAUAAGUACUUGCCAACAUAAACAUAUUCAUACUUUAAUUUAUAGUGCAUAAUUUUAAAUUGUAAUAAUCAUAACACAGCCUUCAUAGUUGUAUAUGCCCUUCAAUUAAUAAUAAUAUUUUUGUUUUUGUUUUCAAUAGAGUUGGAU